AUGGGUAAGAAGAAGGUCCUUGUGUGCUAUGGAGUCGACAUUGACGCCGUCGCGGGAUGGUUGGGUUCGUAUGGUGGCGAAGACAGCACAUCUGAUAUCUCUCGAGGACUUUGGGCAGGCAGUGAAGGAACUCGCCGCCUGCUCAAGUUGUUUGCAAAGUACAACAUCAAGGCCUCAUGGUUCAUUCCGGGGCACUCUCUAGAGACCUUCCCUGAAGAAUGUGCCAUGGUCAGAGAUGCGGGUCACGAAAUUGGGCUUCACGGCUACUCCCACGAGAACCCAGUGGACAUGACGCUUGAGCAGCAGCGCGAUGUGCUCGACAAGACAUUUCGCAUGCUGACUGAUUUCUGCGGCAAGCCUCCACGAGGUUCCGUUGCACCCUGGUGGGAGACCAGCGCCGAGGGCAUGGAAUUGCUUCUGGAUUAUGGCAUCUGCUACGAUCAUUCCAUGAGCCACGAAGACCACAAGGCAUACUGGCUUCGUUCUGGAGAUAGUUGGACCAAGAUCGACUAUUCUCAAAAGGCAGAGACGUGGAUGAAGCCGCUAGUCAAAGGCAAAGAGACUGGCCUGGUUGAAAUCCCAGGCAGCUGGUACAUCGACGAUCUGCCUCCCAUGAUGUUCAUCAAGAAGUCUUCAAACUCCCACGGCUGGGUGAACCCAAGGGACGUUGAGCAGAUUUGGAUGGAUCACUUUGACUACUUUUAUCGCGAGUACGAUGAAUUCAUCUUCCCAAUGACCAUUCAUCCCGACGUGAGCGGACGCCCCCACGUCUUGUUGAUGCACGAAAGAAUCAUCGAACACAUCAACAAGCAUGAAGGUGUAGAGUGGGUGACGAUGGAGCAAAUGUGUGAUGAUUUCCUGGCCAAGAACCCAGUCCCAGAGGGCGCUAGGAUGCCGGCUAGCAGAGAAGAGGUCCUGGCAAUGCUGGAGAGGACUAAGAAAUAA